AUGCUCGAAGCCUUUGCUCGUGAUCUCAACACUCAGGCUGCAUCUCCUCCAGGCGAUGAGUGGGAUAUACUUGGAGCAUCACUAAGUAUCCGCUUGAGAGAGCUGGCAGCUAGCGAUCGCGUGAAAGCUCAGGAAUAUCGUUUAGAAGUCGACCAAUUAAUUCUAAACAUCGGCAAAAGUAUCAUCGAAUGCUCACGGGCAAAAUGA